AACUCCUUCAAAUUUUUCGCCGACGCCGCUAUCCUCCGCCAGGUCAGCUGUGAACGCCAACGGUUUCCGUCUCCUCCUCUUUUCUGCAUCGGGAUUUCUCUCCUGCAUCCCUCUGCUUCAUCUUACGAGUACCCUUCAUCCUCUCUGUUAAUUGGGAGCAUCGCCAGCCAUGUCCCUUCGCCUGAAUAUCAUCGUGGCCGCCUGUGAGAACCAAGGGAUCGGCAUCAACGGCGAAUUGCCUUGGCGACUGAGGGAGGAAAUGAAGUAUUUUAGCCGCAUGACAAAGGCAACAAAGUCAUCAGAGAAGCAGAAUGCCGUUGUGAUGGGCCGCAAGACAUGGGAAUCCAUCCCAGACAAGUUUAGGCCCUUACCUGGUCGCCUGAAUCUGGUGAUUUCGUCGAGAGCGAAACUACCGUGGAGGCACAUACGAAGGGAUCCUGGUCCAGAAUUCAGUGGGUCAACAGUGUGUUCUAGUUUUAAGGAAGCCAUAGACAAGGUUCACAGUCGCACAGAUGAAGUGGAGAGUGUGUGGGCCAUUGGGGGAUCUUCUAUAUAUGAGAUGGCAUUAGAAUCUGAACAUCUACACCGUAUAUAUCUUACGAGGAUAUUAAAGGAUUUUGAGUGUGACACCUUCCUGCCAUCAUUUGACCCCAAGAAGUUCCAGAUUGUGACGGAUCCUGUUGUUCCUAAUGAAGUACAACAAGAAGGAGAUAUCACCUACAAGUAUGAAAUUUAUGAGAAAUUAAAAUAAAAUUUGCCUUUACUUUC